AAUGUCUUUUAUAUCAGGCACCUACUGCAGCCUUGGACUAUUCCAGUAUCAAAAUGAGUUUAUAAUCCUUUUCUCAUUCCCAUUUCUCUCUCUCUCAGUUUUUCACUCUCAAUUCUUCAGUCUCUCAGUCUCCCUGGAUUUUCCUCUCUUGGUCCUUCAGUCUUUGUCUCUGUCUUUCUGUGUCCCUCAGUCUCUCCCUGAUUCUUUCAUUUCUUGACACUCCCCAUCCAGCUAGGUCCCUCAAACUUUCCAGACCUGUCUUUCAUUCUCUUCAUUUUCUUCUAUUUCUCUCUGUACCUCAAUCUUCCCCUCCACUCUGUUUUUGCUUUUCAAACUUCUCAUCUUUCUGUCUUACUGAUAUUUGGAUUGGGUAUGCUUCAUCUUUAUUUGAUUCCAUUUUCUCAAGAACUCCCUGUCUUUUAUCUGCCCACACUACCAAAUGACUAUAAAACUGUGUCAGAAAAAAACAAAAACAAAAACAGAAAGAAACAAUACAAGAAAAGAUUGAAGAAACAGAGAUAAUAGAGAGAUAGUGAGAAAAAGAGGCAGUCAAGCUUAGAUACAAAGAAAAGGAAUGGGAAAUAGAUAAGGGAAGGAAGGAGAAGUAGGAAAUGACAAAUGGCAAAGGGGUUAGAGACAAACUUGGGGGUGAGGGAUAGAAAGAUUUGAGAGACAAGAAUGAAUCACCAUGCAAGUGUGUGUGUUUGUUUUGUCAGAGUGGAGAGAGUAAAUUGAAGUACAUUAUGGCCAAUACAUCUUAUAUCAUAUGGGUAGCUCAGAAGAUGGAAGGACAGCUAUGUGCAUGGGAACUCUUGUCAGUUGACUACUGCUCACAUGAACCAUAAUUUGACUGGCAUGAUUUAUCACAUAAAUUAUGAUUAAGAAACUUAUAUCGAAUAUAGAAAAGAUAACUAUGCCACCUGUGAGCAAAACUAUAUGAGAUUAGAAGAAGACAAUUCUCUACAGACUCAAUCUGGAAGAAGGAAUCUUUAUUACAUGUGGCUACAUGAUUUAUUCUUUUUUAAAACUUAAGCAACACAUGCUAGAGACAGGCAGAUUUUUAGAUGGGCUAAGGAAUAUGUAAAUGGCAAAUAGGAUAGAUAUAAAUAGUGGGAAAUGAGGGAAAUAGGAGUUGCAUAGUGGGGGGGGGGGAGAGUGCAGGGGUCAUGAAGGAAAUAAAGAUCUGAAAGAUUUCUGGAAGCUUUCCCAAUUCAGUACCCUUCCCCCUUCAUUUUCAUGUCAUCUUCCCCCUGAAUCCUUCUAACUCUACUCCCUUUUCCCAGAACCCUAAUCUCCUGGCCCCCAGCCUUAACCUCCUGGCCCCAACCUUUCCUGCCUUCAGCAAAAACACCAACUCCUUGUAAGCCCUGGGGGCUUCCCCGGGCCAGGCUAGAGCCCUGAACCCUCCCGCGCUAUGCUGCUUCCUCUAUAAAGGGACUGAGGCGAGGCCCAGGAAGCCCAGCUCAUAGCAGGUAGGGGCCCCUGGCUGAGAUACUACUGAACUCUGAACCAUUUCUCCCUGGCCCUUUAAAAAAAAAACAAAAAAAAAAAAAAAAAACCUGAUUCCAAUUAUUUCACCAUAACUUCCUGUGUCUAUUAUUUCUACCUGCUCCUCUCUAGGUCUGCUUUGGGCUUGGUCUCCACCUCAUCCUUUCUGAGUCUCUGACUUUCUUUCAAUUAGUCUCUAUUUGCUUCUGUUUCUGUUCCUCUCUGGCUGUUUCUGUUUCUCAGUUCUGUCAAUCUCAAUCUCUUUGUCUCUGUCUCUCUUUCUCUUUCUCUGUCUGUCUGUCUCUCUCUGUCUCUCCUCUUUUUCUGUCCACAAGUGUCUAUGUCUCUGUCUUGAUAUAUAUAAGCUUCUUUAUAUCAGUGUGUUUUCCAUAUCUUCCUGUUUCUGUUUCUAUACUCAUUUCCUAUUUCCUUUCUCUCUUUCUCCCCAUCCCUAAGUCUUUCCAUCCUUAUCUCUUCCCUGGUCCCUUCUCUACUUUCUCUUUCUCUCUCCUCAGAUUCUCCCCAUGACCUCAUCUGGAGUCCUAUGCCUUCUGGGGGCACUGAGCCUCCAUGCGCUUUGGCUGCAGCCACCAGAGGCUCAGGGGGCUCCCAAUCUUGAUAACUCCCACUCAUCUAGCCCAGCCCUACCCCAGACAACUCAACAGUUCAGCCAGAAGAGCCUCAUAAGAGACAUUCUCAAACCAGCUGCCCAUCUUGUUGGAGACUUCAGCGCCAAGGACUCUAUACGUUGGAGAGCAAGCACAGAUCACGCUUUCCUCCGACAUGGCUUUUCUCUAAGGAACAACUCCCUCUUGGUCCCCACAAGCGGCCUCUACUUCAUUUACUCCCAAGUUGUCUUCUCAGGAGCCAGUUGUUCUCAGGUUACUCCCACCCCGCUCUAUUUGAGCCAUGAGGUUCUCCUCUUCUCCACCAAAUACCAAGUUCAUGUACCCCUUCUGAGUGCUCAAAAGUCUGUGUGCCCAGGGAUUCGAGGAUCCUGGAUGAAAUCAAUCUACCAGGGAGCUGUGUUCCUGCUCACUCAGGGAGAUCAGCUAUCCACUCAUACAGAUGGUAUCUCUCACCUGCUUCCGUCCCCUAGUAGUGUCUUUUUGGGGGCCUUUGCACUAUAAAGAAAUAGAAAAAUAAAGAGAAAAAUGGCUUCAAGGCCCAUCUCCAUGUCCCUUCUUCUAUUUCUACAGUUUCAAAGGUCCACAUCACCAAUCUCUGCUUCCAACAUUGCUUCAUUUCUUUCAAGUACUUCCCUUCUGUACAACCUCCAAAGAUGGAAUUCUGGGUGGUUUGAAGGCAUUCUAGAAUGGGGGUUGAGGUGAGGACAACCAUACACACCCUCACCCCUAAAUCACUGUCAAAUUUUGGAUUUAGAAUUUCCCAUACAAAAAUAAUGCCCAUACAAAAAUAAUUUGUUUGGCUGGUUAGUAAUCAGAGUGAGAUUUAAGCUUGGUUGUGGAAGGGGAAGAGAAACAGGGUAUGGAGGAUAGGAAUCAGGGAUUGGUUGGGAGAAGGAAUACAGAAAAUUAUUUAUGAAUGUUGAAUAUUAUUUAUUUAUAGAGAAACAGAAUGAGAAGAGGGAGCUAGAAAAGACAGAAAACUAUCAAGGGAAGACUUAUCAGGUAGAUACAGAGGUAAAAUAGAGAAAAAGUAGAAAAGGAACAAGAGAGAGGGAAGGAGGUGGUUUGGGUGAGAAAGAGAAGGGCUUGUAAAAAUGGUGACAGCAGAGUGCUAGGGACCCUGCCUGGACUUAUGCCCUCAGCAAAGUUUCAAUAAAUAUUUUUCCUCUGAGA